AUGGAUAAGUUCAUUGACAAAACUCAAUCCAAGAGAAUGCAAGGAAAAUCUCAAAGACCAACCAAAAAGAUACACCUCAAAGCUCCUACACCAGCCACUACUCAUCGCUCACCGACCAGGUCGGACACAGACGAAGGACCCACUCAAAUGAGCUCUACUACUAACCUAAUUUCACAACAAGCCUCAGAAACAGCUCGGGAGGUUUCCAACCUCCUUAAACCAAUAUUUGAAUCUCAAUUUAAGGACAUCAAAGAAUCAAUAGAUGGUGCAGUCCAUCUUCUCCAAGCGCACUCUUCUCAACUCGCCUUUCUGGAAACAAGACAGGGUGCCACAGAGGAUGAGGUGCACCAGUUACAAACCACGAUUUGUCAACAACAUAAUACUCUUAUCUCUCUACAAGACAAGUUGGAUGACCUAGAAAAUCGCAGCAAUCUCAGAUUUGUUGGUUUCCCAGAAUCCAUAAAGUCUGGAAAUAUCAUUCCCACUCUCCAGUCCUGUUAUUUGGACACCUUGCAACCACCUCUGACGCUCUUCCCAUCAUCGAACGUGCUCACAGACUGGGCCCAGAAAACUCGGGCAAUAGAACACGAUCAAGACCUAUCCUAG